UCUAUAUCCGCCCGCUAAUUUAUUUCGGUAGCCCGAACCCCCGGUGUCGGUAGCAACAUCACGUGCAGUUAAUGCAAGGAUCCCGCAUAUUUCUCCCACAUAAGAUCUCACGAUAAGCUAACGCCACUCUUUUACCACUAUUCAAUCCACUAUGACUAAACUUUGGGCCACCCCGGAGGACAAGUUCCCAGAUAUCCCCAGUCCACCUCCGCAUCUCACUAGAGCACUCUGCCUCUCGCCAAAGGGUGUGAGGUCUUUCCUCUAUUUCUCGAGAUACGCCACUGACGAUGUUUUGAGCCAGCGAAUCAACGGAAUUGUCAAAUUCAACAAGGUUGGGGGCACCGAAAAGGCCUCUUUAUGCACCGAAUUCCAGCACCAGAUUUUGUUUCCUGCGUGGAAAGCCCGCGUGGAUGCCAUUGAGUUCUGUGCGGGGGAGGCCGCCGCCAUCAGAAACGAGUUAGGCGCUGCAGCCGCCACUGACGCCCCAGAGUUUGAUCUCAGGCAGGAUCCAUAUGCCAAGCGGGACUAUGUGAAACAGAGAACUGAAAAGUACGAGAACGUUGUCAAGAUGGAGAACUGGAUUAGCACUGAGCGCGCCGUCGAGAAAAUUGUGUGCGGCAAAAGUGUGGAGAUGAUGUCCGAGUUGUGUCAUUUUGAGAGCCAUGAGGCGGUUGUGCAGCAGUUUGAAGCGUAUUUGAAAAAUGCUUAGCUCUAAGGGUACAUCCCUCCAUAGUUGAAAAUUGGUUUCAGAACCUAAGGUAACCCACUUCAAGCGUGCGGUAUUUUCUCCCGAAGCACUAUAGUGCUCGUUUGUUUUAUGGUAGACCCGUGUAUAUAUUUCUGCU